UCCGUGGAAUCCAAUUGGUGGUUGCAGUCUUUUUCUCCUUGUGUUUGGCUCGCGGAUCCACGUGAAAGGAGGCAGGGUGCCGAGAGAGCCUGCUGUUGCCACUAGCCAAUCAGCAUCGACCAUUUCUUUGGCACUAUAAAAUCCAACGGGCUUUCACAUCUUGCAGUAUUCACAAAGUCAGCUCCGGGUUGGAAGGAACAGCCGACAAGAGAUUUUCUGGUUUUCUGAAGCUGCUAUUAAGGGCUUACUUUAGGUAUUUACAAACUAUUUUACGAAACAUUGUUUGACAGAGCUGAAUAAUUUUUUUGCAUCAUAUUGAAAACUGAACGAGGAUUUAGUCAAAAUGCGUCUGAUCCAGAACAUGUCAACCAUCGCGGAGUUUGCGACCCCAGAGUGCCCGUCCAACGGGAACAUCAAAAUAGCAGUGAUCGGGGGCAGCGGAGUUGGCAAAACAGCUCUGGUAGUAAGAUUUCUAACAAGGCGCUUCAUCGGGGACUACGAGAGAAACGCAGGAAACCUUUAUUCAAGAGAGGUCCAGGUGGACGGAGGAGAGCAAGUAGCCAUCCAAGUCCAGGACACGCCGGGUGUUGAUCUGACCGGUAACGGCCUCAGCAUCCCUGAUCAUGUGACCUGCUCCAUCCAAUGGGCCGAUGCCGUGGUGCUGGUCUACUCUGUGACCGACCGCCAUAGCUUUGAUUUGAUUGGCCAGUUGCACCAGCUGGUGGCCCGAGCGGGUAGGGCCAACGUGCCACCCGUCAUCCUGCUGGCCAAUAAGGCGGACCUGCUGCACAUGAGGCGGGUGGAUGCCGAACAGGGCCCCCUGCUGGCGGCAGCGCUGGGCUGCUCCUUCUACGAGGUGUCAGCCAGCGAAGACUACAGCCAGGUACAUGGGGCCUUCCACAGGCUGUGCUGCCACAUGGCCAAACAGCAGCCCACAGCCUCUCUGUCCUCCCACACCAGCUCCAGCGGCGUGGCUGAGAAGAAGGGACGCUCACCCCUUAUCCCCAGGCCCAAGUCCCCCAACAUGCAGGACCUGAAGAGGCGCUUCAAGCAGGCCCUGUCGGCUAAAGUCAGGACUGUCACCUCUGUGUGAGAAGGACUUGGGUUCGUCUACUACACAACGUGGUCCAGAGUGGCUACUGAAAAUAAAUGAGAAAAGAGGGCAGAGAAGAUUCCUGUGCCUUGUUUGGGACUUCUCAAUAUGGCUGGAGCAGCCUGACUUACGAUGAGCAGCAGAGACAAAAUGGAGGCUCAACUCUGACCCCAUGUUCACUCUGACAGCGGAAAUGACCUGUGGGGCGGACCGGUGUCAGCCUGUUUGUCACCGUCACUCCUGUCCUGUCUGAGACUGUUCACUGAGGUCUGCUAUGAGACAGCAGCUGGGAGGUGUUGGUAUGUCAGCCCACCAGAAGGGACAAAGGGGGAAGCUGUCCUUGCGCUGAAUGAAACCCAGAUACUCCAGAUCAAGUGUGAACACAAUCUCAUAUUUUUUCCUGGCAACAAAAGCCUUGAAGGACACUGCACAGAAUGUUUAUUUUUAUUUUUUUAAGCUGGUACCUAUUGUGUCAGUUUGAGUUUUGUAUUUGGGCUGCCACUCUGCUUGGCAAUGCUGAGAGAACACUCUGUCAGACACGCCGAGCACUUGAGUCAGCGCGCUGUGUUGUCACUGUUCCAUUUCUCGUCUGUCAUUAUCUCCAGUUCCCCAGUGCAUUCCUUGUACAGCAGGCAAAACCAUCAUUUUGCACAUCAUGGUAGUGAACUAUGCGACGACAGCAGGGUCACUGCUGGGCAGCGUAGAUUGGACACUGGGGUGUUGGGUAUCUGUGAUGCACUUUAAGAAAGCCACAUGGCUUACUGAUAUUUAUUUGUUACAUUUUUGAAAAUAAAAUGAUUGAAUUCAU